UUUCUGUGUCCAUUGAGAGAGAACUUGUGGGUACAUUGGGGAGAUACUACAAGACAGACAACUGAACAGAUACACAAAUUCUUCAGACCCAACGUGACCGUCCCAUUGGAUCAUCGAGGGGCUCUGUCACUCAUCUCACCAUAUGAUGCAGCGUGACGAUCUGUCUGGCAUGGAGGAGUUCAGCUAUGCCCAGAUGCCCACGCUGGAGAGAGGAGCUGGUGGGGGUACAGUGGGACGGCGGGGGUGUGUGGAGAGGGACCGGCCAGAGAGCUACAUGGUGGACAUGAGGGCCAGUGACCUGCAACUUGCCCCCUCUGAGAAGCCCAUGUACCCCUGCCUAAGCCAUAGGACCUGGCUAUACAGUGUCCUCAUUGGGAGCAGUCUGUUGGUCACGGCUGGCUUCUCUCUCUACCUGGGCAACGUGUUUCCUGCUGCUAUGGACUACCUGCGCUGUGCUGCAGGCUCGAGUAUCCCAGCAGCAGCUGUCAGCUUUGCCAUUGCCAAAAACCAUCAUGUUGCAGUGAUGUCAGAUUUCCAGGUGGUAUUUGUGUCCACCUUCGCUGUGAUGACUACCUGCCUGGUGUGGUUUGGCUGUAAGCUGGUGUUGAGUCCCUCUGCUGUCAAUAUCAAUGUUAACCUCAUCCUGCUGAUUCUGCUGGAGGUGCUGAUGGCCAGUACGGUCAUUCUGUCAGCACGCUCUGCAGAGAACUGCUGCAGCCACAGGAAGCCAGUUACGUAUGACGGUCCUGUGGUUCUGACCCCUGCUGUCUUUCCCACUCGACUUCUAAAGGCCUACUCUGUGAUUGAAGUGUUAGUAGGAAUCUCGGCUGUGUUUGGCAGUAUCAUCGCUCUCAACAUGGACGCCUUGCUCCCGGGUCCAUACCUGUCUGUCACCUUCUUCUGGAUCUUAGUGGCUUGUUUCCCAAGUGACAUUGCCAGCCAUGUCGUGGCAGAAUACCCCUACAAGUGUCUGGUAGAGAUGUUGAUUGCCAUCAGCAGUGUGACCUCCCCCCUGCUCUUCUCAGCCUCAGGCUUCCUCUCCUGCAGUGUGCUUAGUUUCAUUGACAUCUUCCUGUAUGAGGGGCCUACAACUAAGCAAUCGUAUGACAUCCUGAUGCUGAUUCUGAUGUUGUUGCUGCUGGUGCAGGCAGUUCUGACUCUGGCCACCGUGGUGCACUGUGCCUCCUACAAGAACCAGCUCCGCAUGGGGACUCCAGAGUGGGAUGACAGCCUGCAGCUCCCAGCCCUCCACUUAGAGCUACACUACAAACACAUACAGUACCUACUGUUUACACAGUCAUGCAGAUUCACAUAG